AUGGAGGACACCCUUCUCAAACACGGAAUUGUAGAUUUCGGGGGCAACAAAAAUGCGCUGGAGCUGUGGAAGAAAUACGCAACGGAGGAGGCGCAAAGGGAAAGCGCCAAAAGGAGGGAAGCCAAGCGGGGGGACACUUGGCUGAACUUGUGUGGCCAAAGAGUGCACCACUGGAGAGACCCAAAUUGCUUUCCCGAAUGUCAGUCGGAUGAGCUACCCCCGAAUGAUGGCAGACAGUGCGGGCAAGGCGAAGAGGGGAAGAACGACACGCUAAUGAGUGAAAAGAACAAAUGCCGCAAAGAUAGCCCUGAAAAGUUGGUACCCCCCCCUGAGCGGGGAAAAAAAAAAAAAAAAGACGAAGAAGAAGAAGAAGAAGAAGAAGAAGAAGAAGAAGAAGAAGAAGAAGAAGAAGAAGAAGAAGAAGAAGAAGAAGAAGAAGAAGAAGAAGAAGAAGAAGAUGAAGAAGAAGAAGAAGAAGAAGAAGAAGAAGAAGAAGAAGAAGAAGAAGAAGAAGAAGAAGAAGAAGAAAAAGAAAAAGCGCUGCUACCACGGGAGAGGAAGACCUACGUGGAGGGGUUCGAAAAGCUUCUGGAGAAGCUAAACGAAGACACGGAACAAAAUUUUAAGAAGCACCAAAAUGAUCAAAAAGGAGAAACACCUGCCCAAUGCAUAGUGACGUAUAAAAAUUUUGAAUGCCGAAAUGCAGACGUAACUUACAAGGAGGAUGCCGAUUUCUUCAGAUUUUUUUACUCCUCUGUAUGCCUAAUAAAAGAAAAUAAAACCCUCAUACCUAGGGGGAAUUAUUUAUACGAGUUGAUACAUCCUCAAACGAGUUCCUCCUUCCCAGUGCCAAACAAACUGAACGACUACUUGGUUAAAUUGUAUAUAAAUAAUAAAUGGCGUUUAGUUUUUGUGCAUCUCACCGGGUUACCGCAGAAUGGGAGGAAUAAAUUUUCGUCCUGCCACUCUCUCGAUGAGACAGAGCUAUGGCCACACAUCCUCCUGGACGCUUUGCUAACAUGCUUUGAAGCUUUUCACCUGCCCGAUUACCAUUUUUACCUCCUCGAGAUGUUAACGGGGCUCAAAUGUAUUAACAAGCCAUGCGACUUUAUCCCCUUCGGGGACCACCUACGGGCGCAAAAGUGUUUUUUCAUCCCCUGCGCGGUGCUCUUUGGCCAGGGGAGCGACACGAGCGGCGAGAGAAGCAGCGUCAACCUUUGCGAUCCUGCUGACGUAGCCGGGUCACCCCCCUGCUUACACGAAGAGCAAAGUGCUAACCUAUGUGUGGUUCCAAAGAGCUCCCCCCCUCAUGAGGAUCACCCGCCCGGACGUUUCUUCUUCCUCAUCUGCUCGGUGGAAAAAGGACAUAUAAAAAUAAAAUGCGAAAAUGUGAAGCCUCGCCACUGUACACCCUACCCAGAUUACCAACAGUCUGUGCUCAAAGCAAAGAAGAAUGUUCUCCUCAAAGGGUAUGCCUACAUCAACGAUAGGGGAAACAUCCGAAUUAAAGACACCGAAUUGGUGCCAGUAAGUAAUUUGACUCCCCCGAAUGGUAGUCCCCAGGGGGGAGAUGAAGCAGACCAGGGGGAGGAUAAAAAUGGAAGCACCCAUAACAUGACGAGGGAACCCCAAACAGACAGCUGCAACGAUGCGUAUGGUGGUAGGUGUGACAUCACCGUGAAUGAAGGCAACGCUCAGCAGGUGCUCCAGCUGAUUAGGAGAAAUUUACCAGAUGAGAAGAAAAGCACCAAGCGCCACAAACCGGUCAGCGAGGAAUCGGAUGGCAGGCUCCACCGAAUGGGCACCUCCAAAUUGGCCAAAAAGGUAACUCCCACGUUGUUCCCAUUUAGAUAG